AAUAUGUUCCUGCUCUACUAGUGGUGUGCUUUUUCAGUUCAGUUCUGAUCUCCUCAGCAUGACUUUCAAGCGACGAAAUGGAGGCCGAAACAAGCACGGAAGAGGAAAGACAAACCCAGUGAGAUGCACCAACUGUGCCAGAUGUGUGCCCAAGGACAAGGCGAUCAAGAGGUUUGUGAUCCGGAACAUAGUGGAGGCUGCCUCUAUCAGGGACAUCACAGAUGCCUCCGUCUACCAGCAGUAUGCUCUCCCCAAACUGUACUUCAAACUCUGCUACUGCGUCUCAUGUGCCAUCCACUCCAAGGUUGUGCGAAACAGAAGUCGGGAGGACAGAAAGAUCAGGACUCCCCCAGUCAGAUUCCCAGGGGGAGGGAACAGGGGUCCAGGGGGCAACCAGCAACAGCAGCAGAAAUAGUCCCACUGUGACAGUUGCAAUCACUUCACUUGGAAAGAGGCUCAAUUCUACUAUGAUUGAUCGAAUAAAAGUGUCUUAGUUGCUAUUCUAACUCGCAUUACAUUUGAUAUAAAUUGAGUAUUGGCGGUGUAAUUGUAGUUGGAUAUUUCGCUCAUACUAGAAUUGAAUUUCGUGAAGUCGU